AAGCACGCGCUCCAGAAGAGUGGCGGUGCGGCGUACGACGACGAGGACGAUGACGAGGACAAUUUGACGAGGGCGAAGACCGGAAGAGGGCGAUUGGACGACGACGGCCGAAAGAGGACGUGGCGCAUAAGACGGCUGGAUGAGGACGGACACGACGCUGCAGCGUUCCGUAGGCGGCGCGAGAGAAUUCGUGGUUGCUCGGAGCCGGCCCCUGACCUCGCGCACUGCAACGGUGUUCGAGAAGGGUGCGGCGAGCGAGCACGCGUUCUUUGUGAUCCCGGCAUUAAUGAAGAACUGAAUAAGUGAAUUAAAAAACUUGAAAAG